ACUUUAUAUUUUCCAGUGAUUUAUUUAAUCUGUAUUUUGUAGAGUUCACGAAAGAUUGUUGUGAGUCAGACGAUUUGUCGGCUUUAUAAGAAAUUUAAUAUUUUCAUGCUGAUAAAUAAAUAAUGUAAAAUGGCUAUUAACUUAGAUAAACACAAGCCUGCGCUUGUUGCAGCAUGGAAAGAUGUAUUGGACGAGAAAAGUGAGACUGACUGGGCACUAUUUGGUUAUGAUGGACUAACAAAUGAUCUCAAAUUCAUCAGUAAAGGAGAUGGAGGGUUGACGGAGCUUGUUGAUGAGUUCAAUAGUGGAAAGAUACAAUAUGCCUUCCUAAAAGUUGAUAUUCCAAACAGCAGUAUAUCUAAAUAUGUUCUUAUCAACUGGCAGGGAGAAGGGGCUCCUACCGUUCGUAAAGGCACAUGUGCGAACCACAUUAAGCAGGUUGCCCAAUUCUUUCAUGGUUUCCACACAACUAUGCAUGCAAGGACGGAAGAUGACUUAGAUGAGAAAAUUAUAUUGGACAAGUUGGCGAAAGCUGGCUCAGCUUUUAACUUCAAGUCAAAUAGGAAUGAGGACUUGCCACCCAGUGGACCAGUGGGAACUGCAUAUCAGAAAGUCAACCCAGUUCAAGAAAUAAACUCAAAAGAAAGGGACCAAUUUUGGAUGAAAGAAGAACAAGAAGAGAAAAAACGAAUUGAAGCGGAGAGGAAGAGGAGAGAAGAGGAAAAGAGGAAAGCGGAAGAAGAAGUUAGGAGAAGAGAUGAGAGGGAGGCUGCCAAACGGGACCAAGCAGAACAACACAUACAAUAACAAGUCUCCGUGUCCGUGUGCAGGGUGCGCGAGGCGGGUGGGGCGGGCGGGGCGGGUGCGCGCGGGCGGCCGGCGGAGGCGCGCGAGCUGAUCGGCGCCUCCACGGCGGCGGCGCGCGCGCUCUUCCAGCGGAACCUGGCGCAGGGACAGAUACAGAACAGAUCGUCAUCUAACACACCAGAAAAACCAAUCAGGAGCUCGGUGAUAGCGCAACGUAUAAACGCGUUCUCGCAGAACACGUCGUCGCAGCCCUCAUCACCUGUCCACGUCAAAUCACCGAGCAUAGACAAAAUAGUACCCACCAUAGACACAGUCACGCCGACCAUAGAUACACAGUUACCAAUCACAGACAAACUUCCCCCGACCAUAAACAACAAAGCCGACAAUACGGACUCGCAGAAGGAGACGCUGCAAGACGACGCAGAACAACCAAAGACAAGCCCGCUUAAGAACAUAGACAAGAUUAAAAUGAGUUUAGAGAGUCCGUCGCAGAUACAAUACGAACCGAUCAUAGACCCGUCAGUAGACCUAAGUCCUAGCACUGAAAAUGAACCCAACUCGUUCAGCGCUAUAAAUUACACCGAAUAUCAAGAUUAUAGGGAUCUGAAGCAAUGCGAACCAAUGAUCAAACAGAACAUUCUGGAGAAUGAUAUUUUCGACGCGUCUUACUCGAGUUCGAAUGAAAAUGAUGAUGACGAUUCUGAUAAUAAGUUUAGUACGAUAAAGCGAUCGCCGUACAGUAAGAAUAAUGACGCGGAGCUCAGCAGGCAGAAUACGGUUAUUGAGAAUGUUAAUUACAAGAAAGAGAACGGCGCUACACACGAAGAUGUAUCUCCAGAGACGAUGGAAGAGAGUUCGAUUUAUGAAGACUUAGAUGAUGAUCCCGGACUCACUGCAAGAGCUUUGUAUGAUUAUCAAGCAGCGGAUGAAUCCGAGAUAACAUUCGAUCCGGGCGACAUAAUCACGCACAUUGAACAAAUAGACGCGGGUUGGUGGCAAGGGCUCGGGCCGCAUGGUGUCUUUGGCCUGUUUCCCGCCAACUACGUCGAGUUGCUACCUUGUAGUCCACGCUAAAU